GACAGUAAUAGGAGAUCUAUAAUAAAAUAUUAGAAUAAUAAAAACGCUGAAGUAGAAGCCCUUUUAAAAUGUCAGUGGCGUUUGCCUCAAGUCGUCCCAGGAGCAAAGGCGAGGUAACCCAGCAGACAAUACAAAAGAUGCUGGAUGAAAACCAUCAUCUAAUACAAUGCAUUAUGGAUUAUCAGAGUAAAGGCAAAACAGCUGAAUGUACUCAAUACCAGCAAAUACUGCACAGAAAUCUGGUUUACCUUGCAACAAUAGCUGACUCCAAUCAGAACAUGCAGUCCUUGUUACCAGCACCUCCCACUCAGAACAUCAACAUGGGUCCAGGAGGGCUGAACCCAAGUGGGCCAAGCCAGACGCUCCACUCCCAGAAUAACCUGAAUGACAGCAUGGCAUCUGGUCUUCCUUCCACCUCUCUUAUGCAGAGCCAGAUGACAAAUGGGCCAAACCACAUGCCAAUGCAGCAGUCUGGCCAGACAUCUCUACCUACUACUUCCAUGAGCAUGGCGGUCAGUAGCCACAGCAAUGCCACAGGUUAUAGCCACUCUGUAUCCUCAUCACAGAGCCUGCAGAUACAAAGUCAAGGCCAAUCAAUGAGCAACUAUGGUUCCCGGACAAACCUUAACAUGCCGUCCAAUCAAGUGUCAAUGCUGCACCAACAAGCUGCAACAUCCCAUUACACCUCAGCACAAACAGGGAACCAGCACUACCAGGGGCAACAAUCUAUUGGAAUGCUGGGACAGGGUAACCAAGGAAACAAUAUGAUGGCACAGAGGUCCAUGGGAAGCUACAGACCUUCACAGCAAGGGUCUGCACCACAAUAUAUGGGACAAGAAGAAUUUUAUGGUGAACAAUAUGGACACACCCAAAACACUGGUGAACCCAUCAACCAGCAGUAUUAUCCAGAUGGGCAUGGAGACUACACAUACCAGCAGUCCACAUACACAGAGCAGAGCUACGAGCGAUCCUUUGAGGAAUCCUCCCAGCAUUACUACGAAGGAGGAAAUACACAGUACAGCCAACAGCAAACAUCUUAUCAACAGGGCUCAAGCCAACAACCUCCCUAUUCACAGCAGCCAUACCCAAGUCAGCAGAGUUACCCUGGACAACAGCAGGGAUAUGGACCUGGUCAAGGGCCUUCUUCACAAUACUCAAGUUAUCAGCAAAGUCAGGGACAGCAGUACCCUUCGUAUCGCACAUCCCAGUCUGGCCCAUCGACACAGCAACAGAGGUCCUAUGGGUAUGAACAGGGUCAAUAUGGCAACUAUCAGCAAUAAGGAAUAUCCCAUCUAGAAUCAAAGAGGCAGGAGAUUCAUUAAUACCAUCAAAUAUGUAAUCUUCUCUUUUCUGGAAUAUUAUGUGUUUAUCUGUUGUAUAUGGUUGCCUGAUUCAGGUCCAAAAUAUUUUUUGUCUAGACUUGCAUUUGUCCAUUGUUCUGUCUUUAAACACACACACACACAAAAAAAGUGAGGUGCAGACAUCAUCAUUGAGACCAGAACUUUAUCCACCAUUGCAAUUGGGAAUAAGAAACAGAUGCCCAGACACUUCCAGAAACCUACACAUGUGGAGGAAAGCCUUGAAGCAGCCAUAAGAGGUAAAGGUUUUAGAUACAGUAUAUGUGAUAACAUAUUGAACUUUUCAUAGCACAACUGAGACUGCUGUUUUUAGAAAACGGUUUUCUCUGUAUUUUAUUUGUAUUUAAUAAUGAAAACAAAACAUCUUGAAGUACUGAUGUCUCAUUUAGAUUUUUCUCACUGGAGGGCACUUUUAUAUCUAACUGCACAAACCAUGGAUGGUAUACAAUCUUUAAUUGCUGAUGCAGCACAAUGGCUUUCUGUGUGUUCAGACUCACUGUCCUGUAGUACUGUUGUCUUUCCUUGCUUUCAUCUCCCAACGAUUAGAAUCUUGUCAUCCGCAGCAACAUUAUGAAAAAACUAGUCCUGCUUUCACUAAAAAUACAGCAUGUACUUCAUCCUCUGUUUGAAUUUUUUGACCUUUUCAUAAAUUUGUAAUGGUGGUUCUCACAGCCUGUUUUAGCCAACCUAGUGUUGCUGCCUUUUUGUCUAUUCUGCUGUAGUUUCAUAUAACUUGCUGAAGUCUUGUAAAGUAACAUAUACAAAGGACUUUACUUAUGCAGGCCUUUGGUUUGUUACUUCCUCCAGUUCUCUGUAGUAUUUCUUUAAUUCAGUUUCUUUGUCAUUCUCUCUUUUUACAGUACCACCCUAUUUGUCUUUUGUUAUUGUACAAACAUAUUUUCAUGUAGGAUGGUAGCUGUCUAAGGCUGUUUGCUCUCUGUUUGUGUGUCCUGAUAGUUAUUUGUGUUAUGCCUAACCCUUUCCUCCUCACUUGCUUCCAGUGCUCUUUGUAUAUUAAAUUAGAUUUCAUGAAACAGGAGAUGUGAUUGAAGUAAAUAUAGUUAAUGAUAAAUUAGUAAAUCCACUGGAACACUACUGGAAAUGUUUGAUCCUUUAUUGAAAACAGCUCCUACUUUGAGCGGAAUCAAAAAAGAGUCAGCCAGAAACUUGGCCAGGCACAUACUGUAGCAGCAAAAUUGUACAAAAAUGUGAAGAACCUAAUUUUGCACCUUUUUUUUAAGAAUCUGCUUUCAAAAAUGUCUGAAAUCUGUUUUGGCUACAGUGACAGUUAUCAAAACUGACAGACACAAGCUGUUUUAUGCCAUUACAAAAAUUAGAUGAACGUUUUGAAAUGUUUUGUUGAAAUUUUUCAUACUUAACCUUUUCUUUUUCUAUCAAAAUAAUAUUUCUUAUUCUGGAU